UGAUUAUAUCAAUGGAAUACGUUGUUAUGCUCUGAAGUUAACAACAGCACUACUGCUUUCACUAACAUAACACUUUUACAAGUCUUGUCAUUUGUUGUUGUUGUAAUUUCUGUAUCUAAUUGGUCACAAAAUCAGGUCAGGAGCUACUUUAUUAACAAGUCAUCAUACUAAGGCUGUUACUAUUUAGAAUAAUUGGUGUUUGUCACAAGUGCUUUCUGUACAACCUCAACUUCAUCCUGUGACGGUUUACACCCCAUCGCAAGAUACUUUAAUCAGCAGACACUCUACAGUGAGCGCUCCUGCACAGCUUAAAACAAGAGCUUGUAGGUUAAUUAUUAACAGUAACCUUAUAUCUAUGAGCUGUUAGGGAAGGAUGGGACUGGGGCCGUGCAGACUGGAGGUGCUACAGAUAGGAUUCUCUCUCUCUCUGUCAGGGUGUCACUGAUAAAGAGCAGCAUCUGGGAGCAAGUGCCAACGGAAACCAUGUACAGUUACACCAGUCAACACAACAGUCUGUUAGAAAAUACAACCUGGAUCCUUUUACUUGUAAUUUAUUUGAAACAGUGGUGGAGAUAGUUGAGGCAAUGAUAACAUCUCUACCGUCCACCCAGCUCCACCCCUGCUGUAUAGGAGCAGGAGCUAAAACUACAACACGGGUGUUCGUCAACAGAAGUGUGACCCUGGAAAACAUCCAGUGCUAUGGAUUUGACAUGGACUACACAAUGGCAAUGUAUAAGUCCCCUGACUACGAGCGCCUCGGCUUUGAGCUGAUAAGAGACAGAAUGGUGUCUGUUGGAUACCCUCAUGAGCUUCUACGCUACACAUACGACCCCAGCUUCCCCACACGCGGUUUAGUGAUCGACACCACAUACGGGAACCUCCUGAAGGUGGAUUCAAAUGGGAAUAUUUUAGUCUGCAGUCAUGGCUUCCACUUCCUCAAAGGAGAAGACAUUCACAACUACUACCCCAAGAAGUUCAUUCAAAGAGAUGACACCGACCGCUUCUACAUUCUUAACACUCUCUUCAAUCUUUCAGAGACUUACUUCUACACCUGCCUCGUGGACUUCUACACCAGAUGCCCCAGAUACACAAACCUCCUGAAAGGUUUCCAGCACGGCGACUUGUUCAUGUCCUACCGAAGCAUGUUCCAGAAUGUUCGAGACACAAUGGACUUUAUUCACGACACGGGAAUCCUGAAGGAACGAACUAUCAAGAAUUUGGAGAAAUACCUUAUUAAAGAUCCAAAUCUCCCUGUACUCUUGAGCCGGAUUAAAGCGGUGGCCAAGGUCUUCCUCGCCACCAACAGUGACUACAGCUACACUGAGGCUAUUAUGAAUUACCUGCUUGAAAACAAUGGCAAGUCUGGAAGUGAGAAAAAGUCCUGGUACUCCUUCUUUGACCUCAUCGUGGUGGACACCAAAAAGCCUCUGUUCUUUGCAGAGGGGACAGUGCUGAGACAAGUGGACACGAACACAGGAAAGCUUCGGAUCGGGACGUACACAGGCGGCCUUCAACAUGGAACCGUUUACUCCGGAGGAUCGUCAGACGUCAUCUGUGAUCUGCUGGAUGUCAGAGGUAAAGACAUCCUCUACGUCGGCGACCACAUCUUUGGCGACAUCCUCAAAUCUAAGAAGCGUCAGGGCUGGAGGACUUUCCUUGUCGUACCGGAGCUCACCAAAGAGCUGCAAGUGUGGGACGAGAAGAAAAAUCUGUUCGAGGAGCUGAAACGUCUCGACGUCUUCUUAGCCGAACUUUACAAGCACCUGGACAGCGGCAGUCAGGAGUGUCCCGACAUCCGGGCCAUUCAGACGAGAAUGAAGGUGCUGACCUACAGAAUGGACAUGUCUUACGGCCAGAUGGGCAGCCUACUGCGCAGCGGCGCCAGACAGACGCUGUUCGCCAGCCAGCUGCUGCGUUAUGCUGAUCUAUACUCCUCCAGCUGCAUCAACCUGCUGCACUACCCCUUUAACUACCUCUUCAUGGCGCCCCCAGUCCUGAUGCCCCACGAAUCAGCGGCUCAACACGCAGCUGACUUUGCCUCAUCAGAGCUCGCUCGCACCAACAACAUUGUCAAGAUGAGCAGAAACUAAGUGCCGAACACAGCUGGCCGACAUGUUUCAGUAGAAGAACACGUGAAGAGGAAUAUUCAAAUUAAUCUGAUUAACUGAUGAAGGUGACUGUUUGCACCUGUGCUUGUAUAAAGGUUUUGUUGCAGCCAUGACGUGCCUCCUUUACUAAAAAAAAUAAACUAACCUAUUGCUCCACCUU